AUGCAUUUUCAUAUCCUCCCCGUCCUUUUGGGCGUCUCAUACAUCCUUGCAGCUCCGCUGAAUUUGACUGGUCACAAGACCCUGCCAAACGGACUGAUUACUCCCAGUGCCAGCGAGCUGGAGACUAUCGAAGAGGAUGCGCAUGGCACUCUUCCCAAUGGGCCUCCGCCCCUCGGAAUAAGCGAAGGAGGCAUCGUCAACCUCAAAAUGGUCGCAAUGAACGCCAUGCUCGAAGUUUCUUUCUUUGAUGCUUUGAUUAAAAACAUCACCGAAGAGGUUCCUGGCUAUCGCUUCGUGACUGAAGACGACAAGGACUUUAUUCUGAGUGGUUUGCGAGUCAUUCUAGCUCAAGAGGAGCUCCAAGUCCUGGAUUCCAACAAUCACCUGGCCCAUUUCGGCAUCGAGCCCAUGCUUCCCUGCCAGUACUCGAUUCCCGUCGACAACUUUGACGAAGCCAUUGAGAUUGCCGUUAAGUUCACAGAUGUGGCACUCGGAGUCCUGCAGGACGUUGUCGAACGAUACGCCUUGGGCAGUGACUUUACCUUGGCACGCCAAAUCUCUUCCCUGAUCGGUGAGAAGGGCGAGCAACAAGGCUGGUUCCGCAUCAUGCAGGGCAAGAUUCCCAGCGAACUGCCGUACCCGACCACUGGCGAUGUCCACUUCGCCUUUAGUGCGGUUCAGAGCUUCACCGUUCCAGGCAGUUGCCCCAACAUUCUCUCCUUCCCGCUCGAGCCUUUCGAGCCUUUGCACGUCAUCCAAACUCCCGGCGCGAGAACUGGGGAUAUUACUGUUUCUUUUGUUGAUCACCAAAAUAUCAGUGACAGCUCCCUGUGGGUGACUUAUAUCAAUCAACAGAACCUGCCAAUCGUGGAGCCGUUGAAGGUCAUCGCUCGGACAGGCAACGAGGUAACAGGGGAGGCUUUGUUCCCCUAUGAAGCACAUGGGAUGAAUGGCUUGACCAUUGCCGCUGUCACCACAACCGACGGACCGUUUUCAAAUUCCUACGAGGUGACCAAGGUGACUCUCGCUGCGCCUGGCCUUUUUGUUAUUAACUGA